AUGGGUAUCACUGCAUCUAUUGUAGCGGCCUUCACCGCCGUCACCGGCCCUAUCAUCACCCUCUUCUCGCACUUCGCGGACUGCUUCAAAAUGAGGCACGAGUCGAAGCAGAAGAAGCAUGAGACCAAGCAGAAGGAGCAUGAAACGAAAGAGAAGGAGAAAGCUGCCAAGGAGGGCGGCGGCGACGCCGAGGCGCAGAACCAGUCACCGACAAGCGGUGGCGGCGGCCAACCCCAGAUUGUUGUCAACGUUCCCAGCGCCGAUGAUGCACCAAAAGGCGUAGAAGCAGGGAAGAAGGCUAUGGAGGGAGGUGCCCAGGAGGAGGGAAAGAAGGAAGGAGAAAGCGCAUAA